AUGUUUGAGGCUCAAGUAGAUCAGUAUGAGAAGCAAAGUCAAAGAAACAUUUGGCAAGAUCCCAAAGGAAGUGAGAGGACGGGCUUCGAAGCACAGGCGCUGGUAGGGUGUGUGGAUGAGUAUGUGCAGCAUGGUAGACCUGGGCACCUACUGACUGAGAGUUGUAAGAAGAAUGCAGGAUUUGCAGAAGUCCCGGCAAACAGUGGAGAAGCACAGAAAUGUGGAGACGCAGACCUUGUCAUCACCCCCUCUGUGGCAGCAGACAGCUGGCAGCUGGCCGCACUGAGUCAUCUCCGCACGUCUAGACCUACAGAUGGAGCACUCACUGUGGGCCUGGUGCGGCAGUGUCAGACAAUCCACGGACGAGAUCGGACGUGCAUCCCUCCCCGGCUGCCCCCCGAGUGGGUCACCACUCUGUUUUUUAUCAUCAUGGGAAUCAUUUCACUGACUGUCACAUGUGCUUUGCUGGUGGCUUCCCACUGGCGAAGAGAAGCUACAAAGUAUGCUCGUUGGAUAGCAUUCACUGGAAUGAUCCUUUUCUGUAUGGCUGCCCUAAUAUUCCCAAUAGGAUUUUACAUCAAUGAAGUCGGAGGCCAACCUUAUAAAUUACCCAACAACACAGUAGUUGGGUCAUCAUAUGUACUUUUUGUCUUAUCAAUUUUCUUUACGAUAGUAGGACUUCUAUUUGCUGGCAAAGUUUGUUUACCAGGCUGAUGAAUGUCUAAACUGCUUGACUUUUUUUUUUUUUUUUUUUAGGAGGGUGGGAGGACAGAGACAAGGUAUCUGAGCAAACCUCUCAGAGGAAGAUGCUUAGAUGAAACUGAUGUUGAAAGAAACAAUUCUUUGAUUUGUUCUCACUAUGCACUUUGGAUUUUAAGCAAAUGAGGAGAGCCUUUUCCGUAACCAAAUACAGACAAUAUUGACUAAAUCUCCUGAGCAUAUUCAGGCAGGCAGUCUGCACUGUGAUAGCAACCUAGUGAAGGAGAACGCUUCACGCUGAAAAGCAUGUGGCCCUUGGUGGCUCUGUGCUUCCAUUUUAAUGUCUAAUGAUUCGUUUGAGGAAAAAAGUCUAAGUAUUUAUGAAUCGUGGUGGACCAGAGGGAUGCAAGCGAAGCUGGUGUGAGGCUGGCCUCACCGCCUAAGCAAUGAGCGUUCACAGCUUCCUUGUCACGGUUAAGCCUUUGGUACCAGAAUGAAUUGCGUUGCAGUACUGUACCAAGAAGCCAAUAGAUCAGAACGUGUUUGCUGAAAUACAUGUAAAAAUUCUGAAAUUCCCUCAGUUCUGUGUACAAAACAAGAAAAGAGAAAUCAGACACUAAAGAC